GUAUGUGGGUAGUUAUAGAUUAACAAAUGUAUGUGACCACCACCCAUGUUGUAGAAAUAAACCAGUGUGUCUUUAGCAAGCAGUUGUUUCACUCGCGUCCCACGUCUCAUAUUUAACAGUGGCGACGUUUACCCACACUUAAGAAAAAAAAAUGUCGCACUUCGGAAUUCUCUCCAGCUUCGACCACACACUACAAAAUUGGGCUACUUACAAAAGUCGCAUUGCCCAAUGGUUCAUCGCUAAUGAGAUCGGUGCGAAAACGGAUGGAGACGGGGUCAAAAGGCGAGCGAUACUACUGAGCGCACUCAGUGACACUACCUACGGGCUCGCAGCUGACCUGGCGUUACCGAAGAAGCUCGACGAAGUCACCUAUGAAGGAAUUUUGAAGCUCCUGGAUAAACAUUUCACGCCGAAAUUAUGUGGUUUCAGCGAGAGGCAUAAAUUUUAUGCUGCGGUUCAGGAGUUAGAGGAAACUCCAUCACAGUGGGCGGCUCGACUUCGGGGCCUCACGGCCCAUUGCAGCUUCAAAAACAUCGAGGAGACGCUACGAGACCGUUUUAUAAUGGGGAUGUUACCGGGCCCCGAGAAAGAAAAAUUGUUUACGCAAGAUGUGGAUACGUUGGAACUGGCGAAAGCGGUGGAGAUAGCGGAAAGCGUGCGGAGCGCGCGUUUCGGCGCCGCAGCCGCCGCGAGCAGCGCUCCACAACAAAAUCAGCUGUUCAAGAUCAACCCACGGCCGAACAAUUCGUCAAAUGCCCGGGCAUCCAAGGAAAAGUGUAGUGUUUGCGGGUAUACAAAUCACAAAACGGCACAGUGUCGAUUCGCGAACUAUAAGUGCAAAAAGUGUAACACAAAAGGCCAUCUACGUAGAAUGUGCAAAGUGAACGUAAUUACUAAUGAGGAAGGUGAGAGCGAUGAUGACGUGCUUACAGAGUAAAAACUACGGCGGGAAAAAUAAACAAUGUUUUUCAAAUGGCGAUACAGUGUUAUAUAAAAA